AUGUCCAUAAUUUAUGCCAUAGGCUCAAAUGGCUCAGGGCAACUCGGAAUCGGCCAUAAAGAAGAUGUAUCAGUCCCCAAGCCAGUUCUUUUCAAUGAAGACAUUCCCGUUGGAGUCCAGCAAAUCAGAGCCGGAGGUAACCAUACCCUUAUACUAUCAACAACAGGUGAACUAUACUGUUCAGGCGAUUCAUCCUACGGAGCUUGUGGGCUCACUCCCGGUUCGCAUCCUACUGAAGCGAAAUUUCGACGUGUGAAGCUUUCGGAUGAUUUUCCAAUCAAUGAAGCACCAGUAGUAUUCUGUGCAGCAACUUGGGAAGCAUCCAUCAUUGUCCAGCAAGAUGAAGAUGGCCAUGCAACGAAGGUGUAUUGCUUCGGGACAGGAAAUAAAGGGGAAUUAGGUUUGGGGGAGUUUUUAUUUCGAUCAUCCAAACCUCAAAUGAUUGAAAACUUCCCACCCGCUGGUCUGAAAGUUGUUGAUCUUGCCACAUCCGUCAGUCAUGCGGUGGUCGUCUUGAGCAACGGCGACGUUUAUGGUUGGGGAAGUGGGAGAAAAGGUCAACUUGGUCAACCUGAAGGUAUAAUUUAUUCUCCUCGUAAGAUUGAAGGUCUGGAGUUCAAAGCUGUCAGAGCCAUUUGCGGAAGGGAGUUCACAUGUAUUUUGGCGGAGUCCUCGAGUAGUCAACAUAAAAUUUUAGGGUCCAACAAGUGGAACAUUAGAUCUGCCGCACCGGAGAAAUUAUCAAGUUGGACCGACGUUGGUAGUACCUGGGGAAGUAUUCUACUAUUACAGAACAAUGAAGCUCUCACGUCUUGGGGAAGAGACGAUCAUGGACAAUUGGCUCCAUCGCAACUACCACCCGUGCGUCAAAUUGCUAUUGGCAGUGAGCAUGGUCUGGCACUCACCACAAAAGGCGAAGUCUGUGCAUGGGGGUGGGGUGAGCACGGGAAUUGUGGACCAAAAACCAAAGAUGGAAAUGUAAAAGGCACAUGGAAUGUGGUGGCAUCUUCUGGCUACUUACCACCAGGAGCAAAGAUCUCAUAUAUCGGUGCUGGGUGUGCUACCAGCUGGAUCUGUCUUAGCUAG